GUUUAGACACACAACAAGCAGCCCAGGGCACGUACACAACCCACUGUGUAUUUCCGUGUUACUUCCUUGUUCUGUUUUAUCUCUGGUAUUUUUCUGGAGAGAAAUGUGUAGACAGCGGUAAUUUUUUAUUUAUUCGGAUACUUAUCAAUGCGAGCGACACAUACGUCUAAUAACUGUUUUCUUUAGAUCCCCGCCUUGCGGUUACUGAUUCGUCAAGACCCGCUGAGGUGAUCAGGAGCUGUAGGACUUCUUCACCCCAGUACUUCUCGUCGAUGGCAGACUCCCGAGAAAGAAGGAAAACAGGCGAAGAUGAGCCUCAGGGUGCAGUUGGGGGUGAAGAUGUCAUCGACGACAGAAUUAUGGAACAAGGAGCUGUUGUUUUAAGAGGGUAUGUCAUAGAGAGGGUCAGUGCAGAAAACCCAGAGAGGCGUUUGACUCCAGAGGACCUUGGUGGCAGACCCAACGAACUAGAGGACCACCAAGUCAAAGACGUGGUUCACCAGCUGCUGCUGAUCGCUGAUGACCUGAACAAAAAUGCUGAGCUACAACACCUAAUAAGCACAGUCCAGGUAAACUGUGCCCAGGAUGUGUUCUUCUCAGUGGCCAGGGAAAUCUUUGCAGAUGGUAUCAACUGGGGCAGAGUGGUCUCCCUGUUUCACUUGGCCUACAAGCUCAUUUACAAGGCACUGACACAGAACCACUUAGAAAUCAUCAAGAAGGUUAUUAGCUGGGUAUUACAGUUCAUCAGGGAAAAUGUCUCCUCUUGGAUCCGACAGCAAGGAGGAUGGGAGGCGGUUGUUAGCACCGUGUCACAUUGGCGUACUGUGUCGCUUGUGGCUGCAGUGGCUUUCGUGACGGCCAUGGUUUACUGGAGGAAAACACGCUGACAUCAUCUCAGGAAGUGCCCUUGGUGAAAUCAAAGUGCCCUUAAAAUGUGGACAGUUCUCUAGGAAGACGGGUUAAUGUGUUAUGUCCUGUGCAGUUGAUUUGACUUUGGGGCAAAGGUGACCUAGUAAUCUUUUUUUUUUUUUUUUACAUAUAUAUAUAUAUAUAUAUAUAUAUGAAUGAAUGAUGAAUUGAUCUGAAAAUGGAGAGUCUAGAGGCUUUUUGGUACUGUACUCCACACUGAGCAAGUAUUUAUUAGUACCAAUGUGAAAUGGAAUUUUUCAAACAUAUUUUUCUAUUGCUCAAAAAAGAACCUUGUAAGGUGUUUUAUUAAAUGAUGUUUUAUUGGACAUUAGAUGUUUUAUUGAAUCCCUAAUCUAUUGAUUUUGGAAUUAAAAGUAAACCACUACUAUUUUUUUCACAGCUCUAAAUAUGUAUUAUUUCUAUGUAUCUGAAUGGACCAAAUGUCUUUUUAAAUCGUGGCAAACAUGCACGCAUGUUUAAUAAAAAUACCUUUGCCAAAGCUAA